ACGAAUGUUUAUACGGAAAGUCCAGUCCAUGUAAAGAAUUUGGUUCUGUAUUACUCAUCCACGAACAAGAGUCGCCAAUCGACUUUAGAAGGACGGAAACUUACGAACAUCAUCGUUAAUUUCCGGCGAGGAGUCUAUAUAUAACACUGUGAAUAGCAGACGACAAAUACAUUAAAGAAAAGAGUUUCACAUAGCGAGUAUUCCUACUGUGGGCAGUUGACAAUAUUUCUAUUCGUUUCGUUUUCUAUCAACAAAAAUGUCACGACGUCCAGAAUUACCCGAUGGGUAUCUUGGUGCCCAAGAAGAGAUGGCAGAGGUUGGAAUGACACCACUUUCGCAUAAAAAGGAAGAAUUUGAAAUUUCGGACAAUGAAAUGGAGAUUAAAUUCAAUUUGUCGGAUCCAGUUAAAGUUACUACCAAUCUCAUUAAAUGUAAAACCGAUAAAGACGUUAGUGAAUAUGUUUUUGUUCAAAUGGAAAAGUCCGCCAUCAGUUUCCAAAUCGGUUUUCCAGAAUCUGGAUAUUACAAAUUUCAAAUUUUUGCUCUUCGUCAAUCGAACAGCAGUAAAUCUUUACCAAAUGUCUACAAUUAUUUGAUUCACUGUAAACAAGCUUUAAAUCCAGUUUAUCCCUGUCCCAAACAGUAUGUGGAAUUUAAAAAUGGAUGCUACCUGUACGAACCAAAGUUUUUGAAUUCUUCAGUUCGCCUCAGAGGUGUUAAUUUUAAGAUUCAUGUACCAAACGCUAACCACGUGGCUAUUGUAGCAAAUGGAGAAUGGACACAGUUGGAAAAUAAAGGCAGGGAUAUCUGGGAAGUUAAAACCAAUUUGGAUCAGCACAGAAAUAAGAACGUGAAAGUUACAGUUAAUGCCAACUUUGUCGACGAUGAAACGAAAUAUGCCACUCUCUUGGAAUAUACAAUUUAAACACAUUAUUAUCAUUACUAAAUCAUAAUUCGUAUUAAUGAAAGAAAACGUUGGCUAUGUUGUUAAUUUAAUUUGCCAAGCUAUUCAGUUUUACAAACUGUGAAGUUUUUGUUUUUAAUUUGGUUAUCGUAUUUUCAUCAUUAUUAUAGUUGCAGAUUUAGCAUGGCUGAUGAUAUGUGUAAAUAUUUGAUUUUUUAAACACUGGUCAACAUUACAUUAACUAUGUGUAUCUAUUUUUUUUAUAUAUAUAUAACUUCAUAUUAAUGGAGAAAUCCCGGAUGUAUUCACUGAAUAAAACUGGUUAAUUCUA